GCCCCGGGCAUGUGGGUGUGGGUUACCCAUUAACCAGUGGCGCGGACAUAAAGGGACCCCCCCCCCGGCCCCGUCGCUGACCCCCCCGCAGCCAUGGGGCCUCGGGUGCUGCCCCUCAUCCUCCUGCUGCUGCAUGCGGCCCCCGCCCCCGCACAGAUGGUGACGAUGGUGACGCCGGCGCUGCUGCGGCUGGAGACGGAGGAGCAGGUGGUGCUGGAGGCGCCGGGGCUGUCGGUGCCCACCGAGGCCACCAUCCUGGUGCAGGACUUUCCCCAGAAGCGCCAGGUCCUCCACCAGGUCCGCAGGCAGCUGAACGCCACCCACGGCAUGAUGACCACUGCCACCAUCAAGGUGCCUGCCAAGCUGCUGCCAUCGGUGGUGGGGAAGCAGUACGUGGCGGUGACGGCGCGCGUGGGCGCGGUGACGGUGGAGAAGGUGCUGCUGGUGUCCCUGCAGAGCGGCCACAUCUUCCUGCAGACCGACAAGCCCAUUUACACCCCCGGCUCCACCGUGCUCUGCCGUUUCUUCGCCCUGAGCCACUUCAUGGAGCCGGUGCUCAAGACGGUGAUCGUGGAGAUCAAGACGCCCGACAACAUCAUCAUCAAGCAAGUGCCCGUGUCCUCCCCCAAGAAGAACGGGAUCUUCUCCCUCAACCACAACCUGCCCGAGGUGGUCAGCCUGGGGACAUGGACCAUCAUAGCCAAAUUCGAGGACUCACAGGAACAGGUCUUCAGCACCCAAUUCGAAGUCAAGGAGUACGUGCUGCCGAGCUUUGAGGUGACCCUGGAGCCCGAGGAGAAGUUCCUCUACAUCGACAGGAAGGAGAAUUUCCGCGUGUCCAUCACAGCCAAGUACCUGUACGGGAAGCGCCUGACGGGGACGGCCUUCGCCCUCUUCGGCGUUAUGGUGGACGAGGAGAAGAAGAGCAUCCCCCAGUCCCUGCAGCGCAUCCAGGUGGUGGAGGGGGACGGGGAGGCCUCGCUCUCCAUGGACAUGGUGCGGCAGCGAUUCGCCAACAUGGAUGAGCUGGAGGGACACUCGCUCUACGUCACCGUCACCGUCCUCACCGAGUCGGGCAGUGACAUGGUGGAGGCGCAGCGCACUGGCAUCCACAUCGUGAAGUCCCCGUACACCAUCCACUUCACCCACACCCCCAAGUACUUCAAGCCGGGGAUGCCCUUCGACCUGACGGUCUAUGUCACCAAUCCCGACAAUUCCCCAGCUCCGCGUGUCCGCGUCAAGGCCGAAGGCUUCCAGGGCCUUGUCUCUACCCAGCGCGAUGGCACCGCCAAGCUGGUCCUCAACAUGCCAGCCAACAAGGACUCCAUCACCAUCACCGUCACUACGGACCAGGCAGACCUGCCGCCCGACCGCCAGGCCAAGCAGAAGAUGACUGCCGAGGCGUACAAGAGCCAAGGUAACUCCGGCAACUUCCUCCACCUGGCUGUGGGGGCCAGCGAGGUGCAGCCCGGUGACAACCUCCCCGUGAACUUCCACCUCAAGAGCAACAACGAUGGUGUCCGCAAAUCCGUCUCCUACUUCACCUACCUGAUCCUGAACAAGGGGCACAUCGUCCACGCGGGGAGGCAGCCACGCGACGGUGACCAAAGCCUGGUCACCAUGUCGCUGCCGGUGACGGCCAACCUCAUCCCUUCCUUCCGCAUUGUGGCCUACUACUUCGUGACGCCCAACGAGAUCGUUGCUGACUCCGUCUGGGUUGAUGUCAAGGACACCUGCAUGGGCAGUCUGGUCGUGAAGGGAGCGACAGAAGCCGACAGCCGGGUGCACGAGCCUGGGACACCCAUGAGGCUGCGCAUCGAGGGUGACCACAUGGCCCACGUGGGGCUGGUGGCGGUGGACAAGGCCGUCUUCGUCCUCAGCAAGAAGAACAAGUUCACCCAGACCAAGGUCUGGGACACGGUGGAGAAGAGCGACAUCGGCUGCACUGCCGGCAGCGGCAGGAACCACAUCGGGGUCUUCGCGGACGCGGGCCUCAGCCUAGCCUCCAACGUGAACAUCAACACGCCGCAGAGAUCUGAAGUCCAAUGCGAAAAGCCUGCGAAACGCAAGCGCCGCAGCCUGCAGCUCAUCGAGUACAAAGGCCAGAAGGCGGCCGAGUACACCGACAAGAACCUGAGGAAGUGCUGCGAGGACGGCAUGAAGGAGAACCUCAUGGGCUACAGCUGCGAGAAACGGGCCACCUACAUCCUGGAUGGCAACGCCUGCACCCAGGCCUUCCUCAGCUGCUGCACCUACAUCAAGGGCAUCCGCGAGCAGAAGCAGCGCGAGUCCUACCUCGAGCUGGCUCGAAGCGAGAUGGACGGCGGCUUCCUGGACGACGAAGAUAUCACCUCUCGGAGCCUCUUCCCAGAGAGCUGGCUGUGGCAGGUGGAGGAGCUGAAAGAGCCGCCCAACGAACUGGGCAUCUCCACGAAAACACUGCCUGUAUACCUGAAGGACUCCAUCACCACCUGGGAGGUCCUGGCCGUCAGCCUCUCCAAGAAAAAGGGGCUGUGCGUUGCUGACCCCUAUGAGAUCACGGUGAUGAAGGAGUUCUUCAUCGACCUGCGCCUGCCCUACUCGGUGGUACGGAACGAGCAGGUGGAGAUCCGCGCCAUCCUCUACAACUACUGGAAGAACAAGAUCAAGGUGCGCGUGGAGCUGAUGUACAACCCGGCCCUGUGCAGCGCCUCCACCUCCAAGGCUCGCUACCAGCAGAUCUUCGAUCUGGAACCCCAGUCGUCGCGCGCUGUGCCCUUCGUCAUCGUGCCCUUGCAGCUGGGGCAGCAUGACGUGGAGGUGAAGGCGGCUGUCUGGGGCAGCUUUGUGUCCGAUGGUGUCAAGAAGAAGCUCAAAGUCGUGCCUGAAGGGAUGAGGCUGGAGAAGACAGUGAAGAUAGUUGAGCUGGACCCAAAGACGAAGGGACACAAUGGUGUCCAAGAAGUGAAGGUGACGGCAGCAAAUAUCACCGACAUCGUCCCCAACACUGAGUCUGAGACAAAAGUCAGCAUCCAAGGCAACCCCGUGUCCAUCAUGGUGGAGAAAGCCAUCAAUGGGGAGAAGCUGAAGCACCUCAUCGUGACUCCGUCGGGCUGCGGGGAGCAGAACAUGAUCGGGAUGACACCCACCGUCAUCGCCGUCCACUACCUGGACAGCACGAACCAGUGGGAGAGCUUGGGGGUCGACCGCCGCUCUGAGUCCAUCACCUUGAUCAGAAAGGGUUACACCCAACAACUCGCUUUCCGGAAAGAAGACAGCUCCUACGCUGCCUUCACCAACCGACAAUCCAGCACCUGGUUGACAGCCUACGUGGCCAAGGUCUUUGCCAUGGCCAUCAAGAUAGUGGACAUCGAGCCAGAGGUGGUUUGCGGGGCCGUCAAGUGGCUCAUCCUGGAGAAGCAGAAGCCAGAUGGGAUCUUCCAAGAAGAUGCUCCUGUCAUCCAUAAGGAGAUGGUGGGAGGCUACGAGGGUGCCGAGCCGGAGGUGUCGCUGACAGCGUUUGUCCUCAUCGCGCUGCAGGAAGCCCGGCAGAUCUGCAAGGACCACGUCAAAAGCUUGGACGGGAGCAUCGCCAAAGCCUCCGACUACCUUUCCCGGAGGUACCUAUCGCUGGCCCGACCCUACACGGUGGCCCUGACCUCCUACGCCCUGGCCCUGUCUGGGAAACUCGACAGCGAGAAAUUCCUCAUGAAGAAAUCCAAAGAGGGAAACCGCUGGGUGGAACGCAACUCCCACACCUACAACAUCGAGGGGACGUCCUACGCCCUGCUGGCCCUGCUGCAGAUGGAGAAGAUGGAGCUGACGGGAGCGGUGGUCCAGUGGCUGUCCCAGCAGAACUACUUCGGUGGUGGCUACGGGUCCACCCAGGCCACCAUCAUGGUGUUCCAGGCCCUGGCCCAGUACCAGGUGUCGAUGCCGCGGCAGCAGAAGCUCAACCUCGACGUGUCGGUGCUGCUGCCGCGCCGCGCCAACGCCAUCACCUACCGCAUCGAGAACAGCAACGCCCUGGUGGCGCGCUCCGCCGAGACCAAGCUGAACGAGGACUUCACGGUGAAAGCUUCGGGCACGGGCAAGGGGACGAUGACGGUGGUGACCGUCUACAACGCCAAGGUCCCCGAGAAGGAGAACAAGUGUGACAACUUUGACCUGAAGGUGGACGUGGAGGAUGUGAAGAUGGGCAAGGAGCCGGAGGGCAUCAUCCGCUCUGUCAAGAUCACCAUCUGCACCAGGUACCUGGACAACGUGGAUGCCACCAUGUCCAUCAUCGACGUCUCCAUGCUCACGGGCUUCUCCCCAGACAUGCAGGACCUGAAGAGACUCUCGGAGGGCGUGGAGAGGUACAUUUCCAAGUUUGAGAUCAACCAAGUUCUGUCGGACCGCAGCAACCUCAUCAUCUACCUCGACAAGGUGUCCCACCAGGCCGAGGAGUGCAUUGCCUUCAGGGCCCACCAGCAGUUCCAGGUGGGCCUGAUCCAGCCCGCGUCCGUCACCGUCUACAGCUACUACAAGAUCGACGACCGCUGCACCCGCUUCUACCACCCGGACAAGGACGGUGGGCAGCUGAAGAAGAUCUGCUACGGGGACGUGUGCCGCUGCGCUGAAGAAAACUGCUUCGUGCGGCAGCAGCAGGACAGCCCCAUCACGGUCAACCAGCGCAUUGAGCGUGCCUGCGAGCCCGGGGUUGACUACGUGUACAAGGUGAAGCUGGUGGAAAUGGAGCAGACGGCAUCGCACGACAACUACAUCAUGACCAUCCUCUCCGUCAUCAAGAUGGGCACUGACGAAGACCCAAGUGGAAGCAACCGGACCUUCGUGAGCCACCAGCAGUGCCGGGACGCUCUGAAGCUCCAGCCUGGCCAGGACUACUUGGUCUGGGGGCUGGCCUCCGACCUGUGGGUCACCGGCACCCGCUUCUCCUACCUCAUCGGCAAGGACACGUGGCUGGAGACGUGGCCGUCGGAGGUGGCCUGCCAGGACCCCGAGCUGCAGUCCCUCUGCCAGGCCUUUGUGGAAUUCUCCGAGGCCAUGACCAUCUUCGGGUGCCCCUCCUGAGCGGGUGCCCCCCACCCAUGGGUGCCCCCACCCUCCUGUCCCCUGUUACUCUCUUUUUUUUGGGGGGAGUUAUAAAUGUCCUUUCUCACA